ACAUACUCAUAGAAAACGCGGCUACUUCCGGAGUCAUGCCGGAACCACUUGUCCCAACAUGUGCACUUCCGUGGGAAGAAUUCAGGUGUAGGACCACUUCCUGUUUCUGGAUGGGGGGGGGGCGGGUGCAGGGAAAGGAAAUAGCUGCGGGAGCCGCAUCCUGCCUGCUCUUGCGGCGCCAGAGGUGGAGGCAGAGAGGGCGGAGAAGGCAGAGAAGGGCUGCAGAGAAAAAAAAAAGUGUCAGAGCCAGUACGGCUUUAGAAUACGGUGAAGGAUACUUUUCAUGGUGCAUGGAAGGAAAGCCAAUGCGCAGGUGUACCAACAUUCGACCAGGAGAGACUGGAAUGGAUGUAACAAGCCGCUGCACCCUUGGAGACCCCAACAAACUGCCAGAAGGGGUUCCCCAGCCUGCUCGCAUGCCCUAUAUCUCAGACAAGCACCCUCGGCAAACCUUGGAAGUAAUCAACCUUCUGAGAAAGCACCGAGAGCUAUGUGAUGUGGUGCUAGUUGUGGGUGCUAAGAAGAUAUAUGCCCACCGCGUCAUUCUGUCAGCCUGCAGCCCCUACUUCCGAGCAAUGUUUACAGGAGAACUGGCAGAAAGCCGACAGACAGAAGUAGUGAUCCGAGACAUAGAUGAGAGGGCUAUGGAGCUCCUGAUAGACUUUGCAUAUACCUCUCAGAUAACUGUGGAAGAGGGCAAUGUGCAGACCCUCUUGCCUGCUGCUUGCCUCCUCCAGCUGGCGGAAAUACAGGAAGCCUGCUGUGAAUUCUUAAAGAGACAAUUAGAUCCUUCUAAUUGCCUGGGCAUUCGGGCUUUUGCUGACACACAUUCUUGCCGUGAGUUGCUAAGGAUUGCAGACAAGUUCACUCAACAUAACUUUCAAGAGGUAAUGGAGAGUGAAGAAUUUAUGUUACUUCCAGCCAACCAACUCAUUGAUAUAAUAUCUAGUGAUGAGCUCAAUGUUCGGAGUGAAGAACAAGUGUUCAAUGCAGUGAUGGCCUGGGUCAAAUACAGUAUUCAGGAAAGACGUCCUCAGUUACCCCAGGUGCUGCAGCAUGUUCGCCUGCCUUUGCUUAGUCCCAAGUUCCUGGUGGGCACCGUAGGCUCCGACCCCCUCAUUAAAAGUGACGAAGAAUGCAGAGACUUGGUGGAUGAGGCUAAAAACUACCUCCUGUUGCCUCAAGAACGACCACUAAUGCAGGGACCAAGGACAAGACCACGGAAGCCUAUUCGAUGUGGAGAAGUGCUCUUUGCAGUUGGUGGUUGGUGUAGUGGAGAUGCCAUUUCCAGUGUUGAACGGUAUGAUCCACAGACCAAUGAGUGGCGAAUGGUAGCUUCAAUGAGUAAAAGGCGAUGUGGGGUUGGAGUCAGUGUUCUUGAUGACCUGUUAUAUGCAGUGGGCGGCCAUGAUGGAUCCUCAUACCUCAAUAGUGUUGAAAGAUAUGACCCCAAAACAAACCAAUGGAGCAGUGACGUGGCCCCUACAAGUACCUGCAGGACAAGCGUUGGUGUGGCAGUCCUUGGAGGUUUUCUCUAUGCUGUGGGUGGACAGGAUGGUGUCUCUUGCCUCAAUAUUGUUGAGAGGUAUGAUCCAAAGGAGAACAAGUGGACUCGGGUGGCUUCUAUGAGUACUAGAAGACUAGGAGUUGCUGUGGCUGUGUUGGGAGGGUUCUUAUAUGCUGUAGGUGGCUCUGAUGGAACAUCCCCACUCAACACAGUGGAACGCUACAACCCUCAGGAAAACAGAUGGCACACCAUAGCCCCUAUGGGCACCCGAAGGAAACACCUAGGUUGUGCAGUGUACCAGGACAUGAUCUAUGCUGUGGGAGGGAGAGACGAUACUACAGAGCUUAGCAGUGCUGAAAGAUACAACCCCAGAACUAACCAGUGGUCUCCCGUGGUGGCCAUGACAUCCCGCAGGAGUGGAGUUGGUCUGGCGGUGGUCAAUGGACAGCUCAUGGCAGUAGGAGGUUUUGAUGGUACAACAUACUUGAAGACCAUUGAAGUUUUUGAUCCAGAUGCCAAUACGUGGAGGUUAUAUGGAGGGAUGAAUUACCGUCGACUAGGAGGUGGCGUAGGAGUUAUUAAAAUGACACAUUGUGAAUCCCAUAUAUGGUGAACCCAGAAGCAUACACUCCUUUAUAUUUGGAAGAGCCUUGACUUUGAAGCUUUGUACAGCUCAAGAAAACAUUAGAACAAAUUUUAUUCUUUGCCGGUGCCUCAACAUUCAGAAAUACCAGUCUAACGACGGGACUCACCUGCAAGAUGCCACCUUUGCACAAAACCUUUCUGCUCUGUAUACAGAGUAUUUAUUUUUGGCUUUAAUUUAUCAUGGAGUUUUGAUGGGUAUUGUUUUUGUUUUGUUGGCUUGGUCCUUUGGUUUUUUUGUUUAAUUUUUUUUUAACUUAUCCUUCCUACCAUGGGGGGGAAAAAACAGGCAAAAAUUCCAAGCUGCAAAGUUUUCUUUGCUUUCUAGGUUUUGGGUUGAUUUUGAAAAUACUGAUAAGGGCAGAAGGGCUAUUUAUAACCUGGGUGUUAUUCCUAUUAGACACUAUCCAUCUACAAAGAUUACCAGUGAUAAAGAUAGAUACGCAAUGCAUAUUCGCUAGUUAUCAUUCUUGCACUAAAUAUUAGAGCACAUUAAAUAUAAACAUAAAGGGGGCUGGAGAUGGUUCAGUAAAAGCAUGUACUGCUUUUGCAGAGGACCUGGAUUUAGCUCCCAUCACCCACAAUUGGCAGCUCACAGCUGUGUGUAACUCCAGCUAGAGCAGUGGUUCUCAACUUUCCUAAAGCUGCAACCCUUUAAUAUAGUUCCUCAUGUUGUGGUGAACCCCAACCAUAGUAUAUUUUCAUUGAUACUUCAUAACUAUAAUUUUGCUACAGUUAUGAAUUGUAAACAUCAGACAUGCAGGAUAUCUGAUAUGUGACCCCUGUGGAAGGCCCAAAGGGGUUGCAACUCACAGGUUGAGAAAACAGUGGGCGCUUAUCCAGGGCUGUCUUUUGGCCUCUGCAAGUACCUAUACUCCUGUGUAUUCACACACCCAAAUGCACAUAGGCCCCACAAAUACGAGUAAUUAAAAGUAAAAUUUCUUUUAAAUAUAAAAGGAAAACAAAACAAGGACACAUUUCGCUAAAUAGGACAAUUCAUAAGGAAUAUUAAAUCCAUAAAAGCAGGACUUGGAUGCUACAGUUUUCAUUCACCAGUGGAUGUUUACAUCUAACUGAACUUGCUUCCAAUUCCCACCCCAACACACACACCUCUUUUUUUUCUGCCACGAGUACCUAGGUCUCGCUCAGUGCCUCUUACUAAAACAGUGUGAGUCUCAUUCAUUGCUUUGAGACCACAGUAAAAUCAAGUGCUCACAGAUCUUCCCACCUGCAGCUUCCCUCCUAUCUCCUCAUUGCCAUCAAGGAGAAACAACCUCUCUCCAGCCAUGAGCUGUGUUUCAGUUUACACUGGAUGUUCCAGCCUGGUGGAUCUGGGCCGACCUUUAGCAACACCUCCAAAGGAAUGAUCUUCAACUCCUGUUAGCAGGACCUGUGAAGGGAUGUCAAGGCAGCCAAAGCGUAAGAACAGAGCUGGGGUCCUUAUGCUAAUUAUCUAUCACUGUCUUUCAUCUAAGGCCACUGUUACUAUGUCUCUUAAGUUGCACUUUCUGAUGAAAGGUUAAAAUUUUUAAGGAAAUAAGCGAAAAUUUUAGUGCCUAUGAUUCUCCCCAUUAUAAUCAUAGACUGAUUUCUUUUUUUUCAAUAUAUUUUGCAGGAAAACCUUUGAAUGAGACUUUAGCCACAACCAAAAGGAAUAACCUUUACCUUCUUCCUCUCCCCUACAACAAAAUGUUUGACAACUUUUGUGUUUACAUUUAAACAUCAUUUGCACCUUUUUCAAAGAAAAAAUAAGUAUUUGGUAAACAAUUGUUUACAUGUAUCAUUUAUGCUUUUUUCUAGCAUGUAUAACUUUUUAAAAUAAAGGUAGUAUUUACCAUAAAAA